AUGACUGCUCCGAAGGGCCCCUUCCACCUCGUUACUGUCAACACCGCCCCCGAGCGCGCAAAGCGUCUCAUCGGUCGUGUUGCUGAGACGCUGAAGGACCGGUACACCAUCAUCCACGUCGAUAACUGCGAAAAUAUCGGCCAGGUCGAAUCCAAGGUCAAGGAGCACAUGCCCGAGGUUUUGUUCAGUGCCUCGAUGUGGACCGAUGAGGAGGCCAAGAAGAUCCACGACAUCGCCCGCUCAGUUAACCCCAACAUCAAGCUGCACGCCAUUCCCACCGGUCUCCAGGUCGAGCGCGGCCCUGAUGCCAUUGUCGAGUAUCUCGUCGAGAAGGUGCCGCCUCUGCUGGAGAGCUAA